UAUGGAUAGAAAAGGCAAAGAUUCGUGUCCUGUUUGGCACGAUUCAGAGUUUCUUGAGUCGAUAGGCGAUGAUAAGAAGAUUGAACUAUUGGAAGAUCCGUACGUUCAACAGCUCAACAGUAAAUCUUGCGCCAAACAGAUUGUUCGUCAACUAGAGAAAGUAGACGAAGAAGAUAUUGAAGAAGAUUUCGAUACCGACCUAGAAAUAGACGAAGAGAAUUUUGGAAGAGAAACACCAAUUCCUCUAGACGAUAAACACAUCGGAAGAACAUUAUAUGUAGAGGCUUGCCAACAAUUAAAUUCGGCACCCAGUAAAAGAAUUAUAAGUUGUUUGAAUAGCGAAGUAUUGAAUUUGGCGUUUAGAAGUUUAAAUCUAUCUGAUGUAAAAGCAUUAUGUACCAGUUUAAAAGAUAAUACAAAAGUUGAAAAAUUAAACCUAAGAUCAAAUGGUCUUAAAGGUGAAUCUGUAAUUUUAAUAAGCGAAAUGCUGAAAGCUAAUGACGUAGUAACGGAUUUUGAUUUUUCGUCUAACCUUACUGGAUACGAAGGAUCUUUUGCUCUAUCCGAUAUGUUGGCAAUUAAUAAUGGUAUUACGGAUUUAAAUUUAUCAGAGAAUAAAUUAACAGAUCAAGAUAUUAACGUUCUAAUGUUAGGUUUAGAGAUAAAUAAUAAAAUCAAGCGUCUAAAUUUAUCAAAGAACAAUUUCGGUGAAAUUGGAGCCGAAAGAAUUGGUGAAAUGUUGUCCGAAAAUAAUUCAAUAGAAUAUCUAAAUGUUAGCUGGAAUCAAAUAAGAAGAAAGGCCGCUGUUUCUCUAUUAUCCAGCGUUAGAAUGAGUUUGUAUGUUAACAAUUUGGAUAUUUCGUGGAAUGGCUUAGGUUAUGAAGGUAGCUUAGCUAUAGGAGAAUUAUUAAAAUUUAACAAAUACCUAAGUCAUUUGGAUAUUAGCAAUAAUCGGAUUGAUUGGAAGGGAGCUUUAUUAAUUGCAAAAGGCUUAAGGGAAAAUGCAGCCCUGGAAACGUUAAAGAUGGGAAAUAACCCAUUGACGAUGACCGGUUCCCUAGAUAUUAUUGAUAAUGUCAAACAACCGUCCAGUGGAGUUCGUUUCUUAUCUUUUGAGGGUAUUCCAAUUAGCAAAAAGAUUCUUUAUACUACUGAAUUAAUUGCUAGAACUAGAAAAUUUCGUGUUGAGCACGGUGGAGUAAUAGAUAGCGAGGACAUUCUAGGAAAACGCAUCGUCACAAGAGGGGAUCCCUUCAAGUUGUUGAUACAAUUCUUGAGCGAACGAGCUAUUCGGCCUUAUGAUCUUUUCAAGACUUUUGAUAAGGACAUGGCUAAUAGAGUUUCUAGGGAUCAUUUCAUCAUGGGGUUAAAGAGGGCAAAAGUUCCGUUGGACGACAAUGAAAUGCAAAGAGUAAUGAAUAGGCUAGACACGUCGAGAGAAGGCAGUAUUUCUUAUCAGCGAUUAAUUAGCGGUGUUCGAGAUCACUUAAUAAAGGAACGAGAGUUUCAUAAAUAUAAAAUGGCGGAAGAGAAAAAAUUAGCUGAGGAACAUAGAAGAAUCAUGGCCAUGAACUUAUCAAGAAUAUCGGAAUCGACCCCAAGAAGAGCCGGAACUGGACAUUCUAUGCUGGAGACGUCUCAAAUUUCCUUUUUCACAAACUCCAUUACCGUUGACCGUUCCAAGAAGAGUUUAAUGUCUAUAUCAGCGGCUUUAGCUAGUGAUACCCUAACAAAAAAAACAAAGGUUAGAAGGAAGAAGCGAGGUAAGAAAAUCCAGAGAGAGAAAGAAGGAGAGUAA